AACAUUUUUAACUCGAUUAUUAUGUUUUUUUUAUAUAAAUAUGGAUAUGCCUUGGAUACUGUUGUAUCGAUAAGUUUAAAUAUAUAACUGUAUAAAAUAAAAAUAAAAGACGCAUGCUUCAUAUUGAUAUUUGAAGAAAUUGAAGGUUCUCCCGAUUUCUAGACCUAUAAAAAUUACAACCCAAAAAAAAAAAAAGAUAAUUUCGAAACAAAAAUAGAGAAAUCGUUCGACGCAAUUUGAUAGCGAUACCGUUCCUUCAGUGAAUAAACGAGAGAAGAGGAUCAUUGUUCUAGAAUUUGCAAUAGUGUUGUAAAAACCUUGUAUUAUUAAGUGAAGCAACGGUAUUGUAUCGAAGGUAAAAUAAUGAAGAAGCGGAGGCCGUGUUCAUGGAAUACAUUUAGUUCUCCAAGAAAUUCACCAACAUCUCUUCAUGCUCGCGAACUCGAUGGUGUUCCUGUUAAAACUAAAAGUUUUCACGAUUUAAAGCGUUUGAAAAGGUGUAGUCCAAAAUUACAAAAAAAAAGUGCAGAAUACAGAGAAUCUUCAUUGAAAAGAGAUGCGUUUGGCUCGUUAGAAUCUUUGUUCGAUUUAAAAAAGCCUUUAAAUUUACCAGACAUAUGUUCGUUAGCGAUUGAAUAUCAUCAAGAGGGACAUCUGUCACCUUUUAUAUCAAGAAAUUCGAAGAAUUCCAAAAAUUUUGUUGAAUCAAUAUUUCUGCAACAAGUGGAUCUCGAACCACACAUUCUUGAACGGACUUAUGAAGUGAAUGAUUACAAGGACAAAUUAAAGGAAAUUAAAGAAGAAUCAAAUUUUGAAACAUUAAAAUUACAAGAAAUUGAAACGUUGAAAGAAGAAAAGAAAGAAUCUAUUCCAAACAUGGCUGAAGAAGGCGAGGAAAUAAUAGAUGAAGUUCCUGAUGAAAAUAUCGAGGAAAAUUUAAAAGAAGAAGAAGAAGAAGAAGGAGGAAUAGGAGGAGAAGAAGGAGAAGGAGAAGGAGAAGGAGGAGGAGGAGAAGAAGAAGAAGAAGAAAAAGAAGAAGACGAAGAAAGCAAAGAAAAAAAAUCGAAAAUGAUAAGCGAAGAAAAAGAGCCGGAAAAGAAGGAAGAACGACCUCCAUCAUAUCCACUUCCUCCUGGUGUCGGUGAAGGUGUGCCAAUUAAACAAGGUGGUAAACAGGAAUCGGUAUUAAGUUCGUCUCCUUUGACCGAUAGCGCUGUAAUGGUCGAAAUGAAGAAAGCGGAUGAACGUUGCGUUGUGCUUUCAAAAGAAAUCGAGCAGUUAAAACAAGAAAUAGCCGCGCUUUCAAACAAAAAAGAUUUAACGGAUGACGAUACAUUAAUAAUUCACGAAAAACAAGAUGAAGUAAUGAAGAAAUUGGCAGAAUUCGAGCAGAUAACGCGAAAAUUACAACGAUUGUUGGGAUUGACCGAUAUCUCAAGUUCUACUUUUGCAAAGAUGUUCGAUAUGCAACCUUUUUUAAAACCUAGUGCAGUUAUCACCGAAGAAGAAGAAAUCGAAAUAAAGGAGAAAAUAGACAAAAUAACGGAUAUGGAAUUAGAAAAACUUAAACAUCGUUUCGAUUUACCUCAAAUAGAAUAUCCAGAAGACAAACUUCCAAGAGUAAUCAUCUGUGGGCAUACAGAAGAUGAAAUACCAAAAAUAGUUGUGGCAGAUAGUAAAAAAAAAGGGAAAGAUAGAUGCCUUCAAAGUUUGACCGGAAAGUUAACAGAAUCGUUAACAAUGCAGGAAAAAUUAGUAUUAGAAAAUGCACAGCUUGAAGGUGGCAAAUAUAAAUUAGAAGAAGCAUUAUUAGAAAAAGAUACCGCUGUUGAAAGUCUUCAAAGGAAGGUAUGCGGGCUACAAGCUGAAAUGAGAAUAGUCGUGAAGGAAAAUGUGGAAUUGACACGUCAGUUAGCUUGCUUGAAUCAACGAAUCACUAGUCCAUGUUGUUACACCUGUCCAGGUGGAAUUUCGUCCGAAGUAUCAAGUCCAUCUCCUCUACGUUCAACUUCAUAUACUACUACAUUACAGCAAGACGACGAUUAUUGUCGGUGCAAGUGUUGUCUUCAGUCUCAAUUUAUCGAUACUUCACCAAUUGCAACUACCAUAUGCGUAAAACCCGAGAGUCAGACAUAUUUACCUAGCGGAGAUUCACGUAGACUCGCGGGAGGCGCAUCAGGUCCUUGCGUUACAAGUGGUGCUUCUUCGCAAACCGACAUGUGCUGCCGAAGUCCUGCCACAGUUAAAACACCAUGUACAGGACCACCACCUUCAAGGGGGACAUGUCCAGCGGAAAUAGAGAAUAAACUUGCCGCCUAUGGGAACAGUACCAAACAGCUAGAGCAACAAUUGGGCAGUAUGGAAUGCGAAGUACGCAAUAUGCAAAUAGAGCUUGCCAAUGUUCAACGAGAACGUCAACAAUUGGAACAACAACGCAAAUUAUUGAAAUGUACCGGUCCUUGUGCACCUUGUGGUUGUUGUCCUCCUCCACCUUUGAAUCUUCAACCUUCAAACACAACUCCAUACGUACCUCCUGUACCUGCUAUACAACCUUCUGUUAUACAACCAUCUUCUAUACCUCUUCCUAAGAUGCCACCUGCUCCUGCAACCUGUACUGGUCCUUGCAUAAGUGCUCCUAUGGUAAGACUGAAUUUCCGAAAAAGAGGCGCUAGCACAUGUCCUCAGCAACAGUUACGUGACCUACGCGAACAAUACGCACGUCUACAAGAUGAUUACAAAAACAAAUUAUGCGAGGUUUCGUGUUUAAGAACAGAUGCCGACAAAUUGAAACAGCAAGCCCGUGAUGCAAUCGAAGAAAAAGAAAAAUUAGAUAUCAAAUUGAUAGACGCUCAAGAACGUUUGAAAGCGAUGGAAAUCGAAAAAGAAAAAUUUGAAGGAUUUAAGGAACAAAUGGUCGAGCAAGAACAAACAUUGAUCGUUUUUAAGCAACGUUUUCGAGAAGCGCAGGACGAACUUGAAGAAUUACGAUCCUUGAUUCAAGAUCAAGCCGCUCAGUUAGAAGAUUACAGAAAUAAAUAUUUACAGGCGCAACAACAAGUAGAAGAACAACGCCGACAGCUUGAUCUAAUGGAGAUGGACAAUGCACGAAUGAAUGAAAAUGUAACCUUGGAAAUAGGAAGAGUUAAGAAUCAAUUUCAAGAAAAGCUUGCAGAACUUGCACCUUUGCCCGAUAUUCUAAAACAAACGCAAGUAAAGUUGCAAGAAGCUCAACAGAUGCGUUUAGUUGCAGAACGUAAUUGCGAAGAUCUUUCACGAGAAGUUAUAGGCUGUAAAGAUAAAAUUCAAACUUUGCAAAAUCAAUUGGACGUUUUACGUAGCGAGCAUCAAGCAAUGCAGGAUGAAAGAGGUCAUGGUUCUGGACGAUUCGAGGAAUUAGAAAGAAAAAAUACAGAACUACGACAUGAAAAUGAACGUAUGAAAAAUACGCUCGCAAGAUUCGAAGAACACGAGGCGCAAUUGCAAAAACGAAUCGAUGAAAAAAUGCAUGAAGUUACACAAUUGACGGCAAUGCUCGAACAGGUUCGAGAAGAUUCUGCGAGACAAGUUGCAAGAACGAAAGAGAGAUGCGAAACUAUAAGAAGAUCCAUGCAAGGUCAAAUUGCAGAAAUGGAAAGACAAUUGGCUCAAUGUAGAGCUACUGCAAGAGCCGCGCAAAAAGAUAGAGACGAAAUUAGACAAAAAAUGCAAGGUCAGAUAAAUAACCUAAACGAGGCAUUUGAACAAGCGCAAGGACGGAUAAGAUCAUUACAAGGUCAUGUAAAUUACUUGAAAACAUCUUAUAGUAAUAUUUUCAAAGGACAAGGAGAAAUACCACCUGGUGUUUUACCCGGAGAGGCUGGAACAGGAUUCGAUUCCUGCGACUGCAAUUAUUAAUAAGAAUUAAUAUUUUAUCGAUAUAUAAUUUAAAUUUUAACUAUCCGAAAAACUCUCGGUAACUCGUUUAAAUUACACGUGAAAUAUCCGUCAUUUUAAAAUGUAACAAAUUUUCUAGUUUCUUUACGUAAAUUUAUUCAUCCAACUAUAGAUAAAUUAAAUCUAUUAAAAAAUAGUAAAUAUUUGUACGAUAUAAACUCAUUUGUCGUAUUUUUCUAUGUCGCAAAAAUUGAAUCAUUAUAGUACGAAUGAUGCGUCUGAUACAAUGUAGCAUUUUUUAUUCAUGUAUUUUAUUUUAAUAAAUUGAUCACGUAUUUUUUAAUGUGUAAUGAAGUAGAAGUGAGUAAAUAA